AUGGCGGAAGCGGCGGCUGUGGGGGCAGAAUCCCUCUCGAGCGGCCAGGCCCGGGCGGCGCGCGCCGUGCUGGGUCAGCUGGUGCUCCCGGGAGAGGAGCUGCUGCUGCCGGAGCACGAGGACGCCGAAGGCCCCGGCGGGGCUGGGGAACGCCCGCUGCGCCUCAGCCCCGCGCCGCGCUCGCGCGUGCGCGUCGUGUGCGGCCCGGGCUUGCGGCGCUGUGGGGAGCGUCUCCUGGUCACCAAGUGCGGCCGCCUGCGCCACAAGGAACCUGGCGGCGGCGGCGGCGGCGUUUACUGGGUGGACUCGCAACAGAAGCGGUAUGUCCCAGUGAAAGGAGACCACGUCAUCGGCAUAGUGACCGCCAAAUCUGGAGAUACAUUCAAAGUUGAUGUUGGAGGGAGCGAGCCAGCUUCUUUGUCUUACUUGGCCUUUGAAGGUGCGACUAAAAGAAACAGACCAAACGUGCAGGUUGGAGAUCUCAUCUAUGGCCAGUUUGUGGUUGCUAACAAAGACAUGGAACCAGAGAUGGUCUGUAUUGACAGCUGUGGACGAGCCAACGGAAUGGGUGUGAUUGGACAGGACGGCCUGCUUUUUAAAGUGACUUUGGGCUUAAUUAGAAAGCUACUGGCUCCAGACUGUGAAAUCAUACAGGAAGUUGGAAAACUCUAUCCACUGGAGAUAGUAUUUGGAAUGAAUGGAAGAAUAUGGGUGAAGGCAAAAACAAUUCAGCAGACUUUAAUUUUGGCAAACAUUUUUGAAGCUUGUGAACACAUGACCACAGAACAGAGAAGACAAAUCUUCUCAAGACUGGCAGAAAGCUGAUAGAUGUGGACUUCUCUGUGGGCCAGUAGAGCCAAGAGACUGGAUUUCCAUGAGAAAACUUUUCAGGUGAACCUCUCCCCACCAAAUCUUCAGAUGGCAACUUGAAGGUGGUCUAUCUUGUAUAAUAAAGUAUUUUUGUAUAAGCGUCACUGGUUUUCACAUGCAAAUUUCCAGUGAGAAAAUCUGAAUUAUAUAAUGAUGCUGUA